UUCCCCAACGCCGUCGACCAGUCCAAGCAGUUCUUUCACCGAAACACCUGCGAAACAGUUCUCAGCCUCGACCAAAUCUCAAAUCCGAAAUCCCAAAAUCCGCCCCAAGAUCCGAAAUUGAUCCGAUUGUCGAACACCCAAUGGCCCAAAACCCAAGACCCACAACAGUUCUCGAAUCCCUGGGCGAAGAACUGAUCAGAAUCAUCACUCCGGUCUCCGUCUGUAUGCUGCUGGUGGUCCUUCUGGUCACUGUCCUCACCGACGAUGCUUCAUCCUCGUCGGAGACGGUGACCUCAAUCGCCACCAUUGCGUACGACGAGACCGCCUCGGACUCCUCCUGGGACAAAUUCGUAGGUGCCGUCCUAAAUUCCCUCGUUUUUGUCGCCGUCGUCACUGUCGUCACGUUCGUUCUGGUGCUCCUUUUUUACCUCAGAUGCACCAGGUUCCUCAAAAUCUACAUGGGUUUUUCGUCUUUUGUUGUUCUGGGUUUCAUGGGCGGAGAAAUCGCCCUUUUUUUGAUUCAGGACUUUAAUGUUCCGGUCGAUUCGAUUACGUUUGUUUUGGUGUUGUUCAAUUUUGCUGUUGUUGGGGUUUUGGCGGUGUUCAUGUCGAAAAUGGCGAUUUUCGUGACGCAGGGGUAUUUGGUUGUGAUUGGAAUGCUGGUUGCUUAUUGGUUUACGUUGUUGCCUGAGUGGACAACUUGGGUGCUGUUGGUUGCCAUGGCAUUAUAUGAUCUUGCUGCGGUUUUGUUGCCGGUCGGACCGUUGAGGUUAUUGGUGGAGCUGGCAAUCUCUAGGGAUGAGGAGAUUCCGGCUCUUGUUUACGAGGCCAGGCCCGUCACUCCUCAUGAUUCUCAGGCUAAUGUGGGUGAGAGGAGGGUUUGGAGAGAUAGGAGAAAUGAGAAUUCGAGUAUUGGGAAUGAGAAUCCGAAUUCAAAUUCAAAUCUUGGUGAGUUUGGCAAUGUUGAUAAUGAUUCGAGUUUGGUUAGAGCCGAAGAGGGGCGGAUUCCAGAUGGGGAUCAAGAGCUAUCUGCCCCAUUACUCGAGCGUGUAGCGAAUGUUCAGCCUCGCAGGCAGGAAGAUGUUGUGGCGAGUGAAAGUUUGCUGCUUGAGGGCAUCGGAUUGGGGUCCUCAGGUUCAAUCAAGCUGGGAUUGGGAGACUUCAUCUUCUACAGUGUUUUAGUCGGGAGGGCGGCAAUGUAUGAUUUUAUGACGGUGUAUGCGUGUUAUCUUGCCAUCAUAGGUGGCCUUGGAGUUACUCUGAUACUGUUAGCUGUGUAUCAGAAAGCUUUGCCAGCUCUUCCCGUGUCAAUAAUGCUCGGCGUACUGUUUUAUGUAUUGACACGGCUCUUACUCGAAGUUUUUGUUGUACAAUGUUCUUUGAACCUCAUUAUGUUCUAGAAGUGGAAGUUUUAUAGCCAAAGAUUGAUAGGCAGCAGGGGAGCAUACUGCGUGACACCGAUGAUUUCUUGUUGCAACUGGUAUAUUUCUUUUCCGUGAACUGGCUGCACGUCUGGAAUCUAUAUUGUUUCGUAAAGUUCAUUUCAAAUAGGGUUAGAUUGUGGUUUUGAAGAUCCAUUGGAGUCCAACACCUGCAAAGUUGGGAGAAGGGAGGAUGCCGUAUGGAUCGGAGCCUCGGAGGAAGCCCGAAGGCCUACAUUUGUUUGUACCAAUAAUAUCAAAUCUUCGAUUGUUUGUUUCAGCUGGAUUCAGUUGCAUAUCGAAAGGUUGCCGUCGACGCGAAACUGAGGCGGCUGAUUUUCAGGCCGGUAAGGAAUCAUCAUCGAUUUUCCGAAGGCCGGAAGGUUGGCAGUCUCUCUGAGGGCACGUUCAUUGGCAUUUGGUUUUGCAUGAAUCCGAUGGUUUUGGACUGCCGG